AUUAAUCCAGCCAUGAUCAGGAGGGAGGAGCCGCUUGCUUUCUGUUGUGCAGUUCAAGGUUCGGCAGCAGUGCCUUCACACACAAAGUGAAGCAGAGGAAGAACACGGGGGACUAGAAGAGAAGACCACGGCUUUGUCCAUCACCACAAACAGGAACCAGGAGGCUUUCAAUCAAUCCAUCCACAGGUUAGUCACUGACCCAAGCCAGCAACUAUGUGGCUCUACCUGGCUCUUCUGGUGGGGCUUUACUUCCUCCUCCGAUGGUACCGGGAAGGACAGACUGUGGAGAACCUCAGGGAGAAAUACAUCUUCAUCACCGGCUGUGACACCGGCUUUGGGAAUAAGCUGGCCAAGCAGUUGGAUGCCCAGGGCCUGCGGGUAUUGGCAGCCUGUUUCACCCAGAAAGGGGCAGAAGAGCUGGAGCGGCUGACGUCCGACCAGCUGAAAACCACCAUCUUGGACAUCAGCAGCACAGAGAGUGUUGCGGCAGCAACAGAGUGGGUGAAAGGAAUUGUGAAGAACAAAGGGCUCUGGGGCUUGGUCAACAACGCUGGUAUAGGUUUUCCUGCAGCACCCAAUGGGUGGCUGACCAAGGAUGACUUUGCCAAGGUGAUCAAUGUCAACCUGCUUGGUCUGAUUGACGUGACAUUGCACAUGCUGCCCCUGGUGAGAGAAGCCAGAGGAAGGAUCGUCAAUGUGGCCAGUGUUAUGGGAAGAGUGGCAGGCUUUGGAGGAGGAUACUGUCCUUCCAAGUAUGGUGUGGAAGCCUUUUCAGACUGCCUAAGGCGAGAACUCCUUCCUUUUCAAGUCCGAGUCAGCAUUAUUGAGCCUGGUGCUUUUGCUAAUCCAAUUGUCACUACAGUACAAGAAUACAUGAAGGGUACAUGGGACCGGAUACCUUCUGACAUCAAAGACGCCUAUGGGAAACAAUACUUUGAAUUCUAUUGUAAAGCUUUUCAAGAUCUCAUUAAAGAUGCCAGCUCCAACCUCUAUCUGGUCACUGACUGCAUGGAGCAUGCCCUGACGUCCCAGUAUCCACGCACACGCUACUCUGCAGGCUGGGAUGCAAAGCUCUUCUACAUUCCUCUGUCUUACAUGCCAACCUUUGUGAUAGACUAUGUGUUGGCCCGCCUUUCCCCAAAGCCAGCACAGGCAAUAUAGCUUUGAAUAUGCUUUAAUGGAUUUUAACUAUGACAUUUUAAUACUAUCAUUUUAAAUGCUAGUUUGAUGUUUGCAUAUUGUAUAUUUUAAAUUAUGUGAUCAUACUUUUAAUGUAAGCUGCCUUGAGUCUCCUUUGGGAGAGAUAAAGUGAGGUAUUAAUAAACAUAAUAAUAAUAAUAA